AUGCACUACAACAAUUCCCUCCACGACGUCGAUCUCAUCUGCAAAGACGAAGCGGCUCGCAAACUCCGCCUUUCCUUCGUCAUCGCCUCCAACGACAACGACGAGCUUCGUGAUCUUCUCUCCCAAGAAGAAUUGCGCUGUGAUUCCUUUGAACAACUUGUCGCGGCACAUCUCGCUCGCGCGCAAUCGGCGGAAACGCGUCUACAAAAUGUCGAGGACCUCCUCCGAGAUCGCGAACAAGAGAUUGGAACUCUUCGCGCCGAAUCACAUGCUCUGCAAUUGUCGGCCGCCGAUUCCGAGGCCUUUUUGACGGAGAAGUUGGCGUUGACCAGAGAAUUGUCGACGUUGAGGCCACAAUUGGAACACUUGCAGAAACAGGCGCAAGACAGUGAGAAGCUGUUGGGGGAGAAGUGGGAAUUGCAGCGAUUGUUGUCCGAUGCCCAGUGUGAGGUGGAGAAUGCGAGACGAGAUGCCAAACGCGCGCUGGCCAAGCGGAGGAAUACGGGCGUCGAAAUUGCACAGGAAGAGGAAGUGGCCAUGUUGAAGCGCGAUUUGGCGCGGGAGAAGCGGGCGCGGGCGAGGGCCGAGGAGGCGGCCGAUGUCACGCACAUGGAUGUCGGGGUGGAGGAUGUGAGGAAGGAACUGGCGAAGGAGAAGCGGGCGCGACAAAAGGCCRAGGAGGAGUUGGACGCCGCCCAACAAAACACGCAGGCCGAGGAUGUGCGGAGGGAUUUGUUGAGGGAGAAGAAAGCAAAGGCUAAGUUGGAGGAACGGGUUGAGGCGUUGUUACUGGACGUGGAGAGGGAGAAGAAGGCGGCUUCCCGUGCUGCCAAACGCGCUGAUGGGAUUGCAGAGGCCGAUGAUCAGGUGGAACUCCUCCGCGACGAAGUGGAACAGGAAAAGAAGCUCCGUCUGAAAGCUGAAAAGGCCGUACAAAAGGCUCUCGACGACUUUGAGGCGCAAAAGGCCACGCUGGACGAAAAGCUGGGCCAAUUUCGCAACAAACUCAAGUCCACCAAGGAGAAGUUGAAAGAAACCGAAGCCGACCUCGCAGCGGCGCAGAAGAUGAGUGUGAAUGUGAAGCCUUCUGCAGCUGCGGCGAACCCCAAGAAACGCAGCGCUGCAGUAGCCGCCACCUUUGACGCCGAUGCCACAACCCUGGGAACUCCCGGCGACGGUGGUCCGGCAGCGAAACGUGGGAGGAAAGCCGCGCAAGGGGUGGGAGAUAAAUCCACCUUCUCCAUCACCCCCUUUCUUAACAGGACCGCGAACAUCCUUCCCGAAGACAGCCCGAUUGUGGAGGAAGAUGAAGAUGUCGCAGAGGACGAAGCAGCAGCCAAAGCAGAUUCCCCCACUCUCAUCAAACAACCYCCCGUUCUAGCUCCUCUAUCCACCAACACCAAGAAACCCGCCGCUGCUCGGCAACGCAAAGCCAAAGCCGCACCCGCGAAGAAGAAUCAAUUGGAUGCCGUGGUGGAGGACGAUGAGGAUGCGGAGCGCGUUCACCAUCAAGGACAAGAGAAUGCUCAAACCCAACGCAUCAAAACCAAGGAGGUCGACGGCAGUGGCGAUGAAGGUCGCAACCCCGCUCAAAAGGAAAAGAAGAAGAAGAGAAAAUCUCUUGCCGAUUUCAAGACCUUUGACGUCGAACCCGAAGUCAGCAAAAAGAAUAAGACGGCGCAGAAGAGUCGCAAACUCGGCGGAGUCGGCAAGACCCUUUUCGACGAUCAUGACGCUGAGGAGACGGCGGUCGGGGGCGGGGGCAAGGGAAGAGGAUUAUUUGGCGGCAGAGGAUUUGGGGCGUUGGGGGGCGGGGGGCUGAGGAAAGGGGUUCUUGGGAAGGGAAUGGGGAGUUCGGGAAUGGCUACCAAGGGGAGUUCUUCCAUGUUGAUGCAGGCGGGAGAUGGAAGUGGCUUUGUCUUUUCGCCUCUCAAGCGAAGGGUGAGGAAUCUGGAUGAUACGCUCAUGGGUUGA